GACGACAUGAAGCAUGCAGCAUGCGUGGUAGCGGUGUCACGGCUGCGCGGUCCUGCCUUCAACCCCUGGUGUCCGCUAGCCGCUAUCUCGCCGUUCACGCCCUCCCCGGUGAUCCCCUUUACUUCGUCGUCGAGUCAAAAUCACGAGUAAAGGAAGUCUACGCCCAAACAUGUACAAUCCUAGGACAACAGGGUAUGCGAGACUGCGAAUUGUUUGGCCUGGCAAUACUCUCAGACGGCGAGUAUCUCUUCGUGGAUCCCGAGAGUAAACUCAGUAAAUACGCACCAAAAAAUUGGCGUAGUUCACACACUUACGGCCUCGAUAGCAGUGGACGACCAGCAUUUGUACUUUAUUUUAGGGUACGAUACUACGUCGAUACCCCAUUACUUUUAAGCGAUGAAACAACCCGGCAUCACUACUACCUCCAGCUCCGUGACAAUGUGGUCCGUCACGGAGGAGGUGUUGACAGCCUCCACCCGCACCACCCCCUUCACACAGCGGGUAUUGUGGCGCCCCUGUUGGCCCUGGCAGGCCUUGCCCUUCAAGCAGACUUGGGUGACUUUGCCGAGGAGCGUCACCGCCCUCACGCAGUUGGUGGAUACUGCAAAUCCACCGAUUACCUACCCCCUCACAUGUGCGUCGAGGCAAAUGUCCUCGGUGUCCUUGCGUCACAACACCGCGACAAUCGUGGCUUGUCACGCGAGGAGGCAGAACUCCAGUACAUUCGCGAGGCGAUUCUCCUGGAGGCGCCGCUCAACGCUCACCUCUAUCGUCUCAGGCGUACAAAAAAUGAGCCAGGACCUGGACGUAUACUCCUAGCAAUAUGUGCACGUGGUGUACGUGUUUACACCGAGGAGGAGACUCCCCGUGUAUUUGCGUGGAAUAACAUUGGUAAAUUGUGCUUCGAUCGUAAAAAAUUUGAAAUACGCGCGGUCGAUCAGCCCGACAAAUUGACAUUGUACAGUGGUUGCGAUGAUAAGAGUAAAUUACUACUUGGUUUGUGUCGCGAUACACAUCAAUUUUCAAUGGCAAUAGCUCCCAGAGUUACGGAGGCACGUAAACGCGAGGAAGAGGAGAGAAAAGUAUUGCGUGAUUGUUACAUGUAUCCAGCUAGGUGUAAAUUAAGUAUGACUGGUAGGGGUACAAGGGGAGAUCAGAGGAUAUCCGUUAUAUCAACUACAUCAUCCAAUACAACUUCCGGUAUUGUUAGUGAUCGGGUGCACAGCGAGGAUGAGCCUGAUACGGCGCCAGCAUCGACAGAGUGCCUUGCGAGACUUGCUGAGACGCUAAAUCUAUCGCAGACACACUCCAGGGCACCGUCACCAAUUUCUACACAUGAUGAUGUCGAUGGUAAUGGGUCUCCUGGAAGACCCGUCCCCAGUAAUCCCACUAUGACCGUUGGAACUGAGGGCUCUCAAUGCAGCAGUAGUUGCAGUACAGUCGUUGUUGUCAAUCCCCACGUGGGAUCUAGCGUUCAUCGACAUCGAAGAACAUCAGCGAGUUCUAGCCUCGAGCUUGGAUACUCGCACACCGCUCAGAACUCCGUUGUUUCCUCAGAAGCUGCUAGUUUUCCAGGAGCUAUUUAUGACCGGUGUAAAAAAACUGGGAAAUUUCAAGAUAUCACCUCCGUCGACGACGGAAUGGCAAGCGUUGACAUGGUGAGUGAAACCAGUGGUAUCUACACUCUCCGUAGUUCGGCAAUUCAAGACGAACACAUAACCGAGCUCUACCCACCCUCCGAAAUCCUCGAGUGCUCUGCGCAAUCAACAACCGACGAGGCCUCCGUCACCUCUGGCUUCUACACAAUUCACAGUGGUCUACGUUCCGAAACCAGUGAUGUCUACACCGACACAAGCCCCGAAGACCAAGAGCCGAUUUACAGCAUCUGCAAGGGUGACGACGACAACAUUCGUGUGACAAGCUCGUCAGGCAAUAUGAAUGGUAUCGAGGACACACGUUCCCGGAGUAAUAGUAUCCUCAGUACAGGUAGUUUCCGAGGCGAUGGAAGCGAUCCCUCAAACAUCGGUCCCCGUCUCUCAGCCGAUGAACUAUCAGAUUUAAUUGUCGGUCGUUAUCCACCACGAAAGACAAUCAGUGCCUCGAUGGACUCCGAUUGUGAUUACGUAACAAUGCCACCGCCUCCUCCACCCCCUAGAAUAGACAGCAAUGAGAGAAAACUACCCCCACCUCCUCCCUAUCCUUCAACAAUGGGUUACGCUCUUGAUGCAUCGAGACUCGGUAAAAUCAUUCCCGAGAGAUUGCCCGAGAGGGAGCCUCCACCCCCACCCCCUUACAAUGCCCCCAGAGCUGAUUUCAUUCCACUACCCCCUAGAAGAAGUGAACCACCGCCUCCUCCACCACCGUACAACUCCCCCCGAGAAAUAAUACAAAUUCCUCCACCAACUCCUCCUCGCAACGAUGCGAUAACCCCUCGUGAACCCCCUCCUCCACCUCCUUAUCCAGAGAUGACAGCGGAAAGACGAAAAGCGAUUACAACCCUUUAUCCGGAGAGUGAGGAUGAGAUAAUGGCAAGAUUGGCAAAUCUCAAAACAUCAGCAUUGACGACAAAUCAAAUGUCUUCAACUCCAGUACCAAAACCACCCCCUAGAAUACAACCCCCUACAUAUCCCGGUGAUAAAAUGAAGCCAACACCUGUCCAUGCACCAGUUGCUGCCCUAGUAGUGGGACCAAAUAAUUACCUGGACGUUCAUGCUUCCAGGGGUGUUGGACCUGUUAAUUCAACUGCCCCACCACCACCACCACCCCUACCACCUCCACCAGCAUCCAAUACUGGAAACCUAACGACAGUCUACACUAGUCAAGUCGCAAGGUCCCAAAUAGAGCAGUACAGACAGCAGUUGUACUCAGACGUUGACUACGUAAUGUUUCCCCUGAAAGAUCCUGCUGUCUCUAAACAAGAGUACAUCGACGCCAAGCAAGGUUCUUUGCUCUCGGGAUUGGCUAGUGCUGCCUAUCCACCACCGCCUUAUCCAGCUUUCAAUAAUAAAUCAUCGGUGGUGUACAGAAGCACUCCAUAUCUCGCUGGAUCUUCCUUCUCGUCGACCUCCAAAUACGCCUCGAAUUUGAAUCUUAGUGACACUAGCCUGAACAAUUAUCCGAUUCAUGGUAACUUGAGCAGUCAUUACGCAGCAAGCACAAGUUCAUUAUACAGCGGAGCGACUUGUUCGUCGUCGAUCGGUAGUCACAGUUUAAGAAGGGAACCCCCCGCUGUACCGGCACAUCCUUAUAAUCAGGCAUUCUCGAGGACGAGGAGUGAUGAAAAUAUACUCAAGUGCUUUGAGACGCCUAAUAAAAUGCUUAUUCAGCCGAAGCACACUCGACGUCUUCCACCACCACCUCCACCACCACCUUAUGAAAUCCAGAGCCUGGAAAAGAACUACCCACUGCCUUCACUGCCCACCCAGUCAAAACCAAUCAGCACAACCACCGAACCCGAGCAGAACGACAAAGAAGUGAUGCUUGACAUUCGAAGUCUUCGUGAGAAGAGUAAAAAUCUGGAUCUACCCCUUAUCUCAGCCCUCUGCAAUGAUCGUUAUCUAUUGAAACAGACAAAGGCAUUUGUCAUGCCCAAGCAUCCAGCUGAUGAGGCCAAUGCGUCUGGAUCAGGUGCAACAAAAAGCCCAAGAAGCACGAAUAAUAGUUGCACUAGUAGUAAAGCAAAAUAUCCUGUCAGUGGUUUGUCAUCUACACAGAUAACAAAACCACCAAAAAAGGCAUUAACAAGUGCUCACAGACAUCCAUCUGAAAUAGUCAAGGGUAAUGCUUAUCAAGUUAAUUCAACAACUAGAUUGUCCGCUAAGAAAGAACCGUCUAGAUUAUCACAUUCAUGAAAAUUGUGAUUAGAGAUAUUGAAUUAUCUGAAUUUGUUCAAAAAUUAAUCCUUAGCCGUGCUUCUUCAACUCAGGGUGCCAUUGCAAACUCACUCAAUGAUCGUAAUCACUAUAACUCAUGUCAGAUGGGACCAAUUGUCAAUUCCAUUAAACUAUCAUCAUGAACUAAAUAUAUUGUUACAGUGACACUGCUGUCAUUUGCUCAAUUCAACUAUGAUUGUUUUUUUUAUGAUGAGUGAAAUAUUGUCUUCUAUUUUAUCGAAAAAAAUAUGAAUGACAGAACAUUAUGUAGUACCGUUGUGACAACGUACUUUUCCUUUUUUUAUAUAUGUAUUAAAUAAUUUCGGAUUAAUUUUUGUCGAUUUGGGAGGUCGUUGCUUCAUUCAUAACGUGCAAAGAUUCUCACUGUAGUGGUUUAAGAUGUAUUUUUAUACUAUGACUACUUAGGUAUUGGUAUGUGCUAUGAAGAUAAAAAUAUAGUUGAACCAUUCACCUUUUUACA